AAACCCUAACUUUCUCUCUCUCCCUAUUUAUUUGCUUAUAAAUACCCGUUUUAAAUCCUUCAGAUCUCUUCUGGGCGUUACCGCUUUUGAAAUUUAUAAAAAAGUUUGGGUUGGGAAAAGGGACCCCAAUUUCAAUUUCAAUUUCAAUUUCAUUUCAAAUUUCAAAGAGAAAGGUUUAUUUAAUCCAUAUCAAAAGUUUCCAAGCUUGUAUGUGUACAGAUUGAAACCCGGGUUCGUUUGGAAGAUUUAAGAUGGAGAGAUCUUCUGCGUUUGUGAACUGGGAAGAAGUUUUUUCGACAAAUCAUAGAGGAAGAAGGGAGGUACGAUAUUAUUUGAAACGCCGGGAUGGGACUUCCGAUUUGGCAGUUGUCGGCAAAGAGAAGAAAUUAGCCUCCAAAACGAAGACGUCUUCGUCUUCUCUCUAUCGGUAUCGAUACGCAAUUCGUGACAAAUCGUUAUUUCCGUCGUAUGAUAUACCUUUUGAAAAUUCUCCCAAGCUCAGAUCCCGGCGACAGGUUAUUGAUUGGUUGAGCUCUCUUGUUACAGAUGGCUCUUUUUCAUAUCCACCAAAACCCAUAGAUGUUGUUCUUGGAGCAGGAGAUACCUUGAGGUUGAAAUUAGAAAACUUUCAGGAUCUUCAUCUGCAUAAAAAAAUCCAUCAAACUACAGAGCUUCUAUGGGUCGGAUCUUGGACAUGCAAGAAAAAGAGGAAACACUAUGAAGCUUACACACGAAGUGGUGUUAAAAUCUCAGUUCAUGAUUUUGUGUAUGUAUUAGCUGAAGAAAACAAACGACUUGUUGCAUAUUUAGAAGAUUUAUAUGAAGAUUCAAGAGGAAACAAGGUGGCUGUAGUUCGAUGGUUUCACAAAGUAGAUGAAGUUGUUCUUGAUUCACCUCACACUACUUAUAAUAAUCACAAAGAGAUUUUCUUUUCACUUUGUAUUCAAGAUCUCAGCAUCGAAUGCAUAGAUGGAAUUGCAUCUGUCCUCAGCCCUCAACACUAUGAAAAUUUCCUCAAACUCAAUGCUCUGAAUUUGAAUUUAUUAUACCCAAAGUUGGAUCCAUUUGUAUGCCAAAAUCAGUUUGAAGAUGAAGGAAUCAAGCCCUUUGACAUAACAAAAGUCAAAGGGUAUUGGAACCAAAACAUACAUAAACUCAUGUCUUUGAUUCAUAACAAUCAUGUUCAUCCCAAAAAGUCGAGAAGUAGUGAUGCUGACGUGGCAGUUGAUGUGGAUGGGAUCAGACCUAAAAAGAGACUUAGGAGAUUAAUGGAAACAGAAUAUGAGUACAAAAUAGGGUCUGAAGUAGAAGUGUUAUCUCAAGAUAGUGGGAUUAGAGGUGUUUGGUUUAAAGGUGUAGUUAUCAAGAAACACAAUGAGAAGAUUAAAGUGAAGUAUCAAGAUAUAAAGGAUGCAGGGGAUGAGUCUAAAAAUCUUGAGGAAUGGAUUUUGUCAUCAAGAGUUGGUGUUGAUGAUGAAUUUGGGAUGAGAUUGAGUGGAAGAAUGACAAUUAGGCCCUCAAGAUUGUUGAAAAAGAGUGAUGUUUUGGUGGAUGUUGAUGUUGGUUGUGUGGUGGAUGCGUGGUGGAAUGAUGGGUGGUGGGAAGGGAUUGUGGUUGAUAAAGAAUUGGAGGGUAAAAAUGGAAAUGGAAAUAGAAUCCAUGUUUAUUUUCCAUGGGAGAAGAAAAGAUUGAUUUUUGGGUGUAAUGAUUUGAGAUAUUCUAAAGAAUGGUUUAAAGGGGAGUGGAAAGAAUUGAAGAACAGAUUCGAUCUUGUUGGUUUGAUUUCUUGUGAUUCUGAAACUAAAUCACAUGAUAAAAAUGUGUUAUUAUCAUCCAAUAUGGUUGUUGUUGUUGAUGAUGAUGAUGAUAAAGGGCAAAUUGGGGAAUAUGUAAUUGGUGAUUUGAAGUGGAAUUGGUCAAGAAAGAAGAGACAAAAGAGGAAAGCAUGUGAGAGAUUCCAAGUUGAGAGUUUGAUGACAUUGAAAAAAAGAAGAAAGGAUAAUACUGAUUGUAAAUUCAUAUGUGAUUCUUCUCUUUUUUGUCAUUCAGUUGCUUCUUCCACCCCUUUAAUCAUGUCCAGGUGAAACAAAAUUACGUUUUUGCCCUUGUGAUAUGUUGUACAUUUGUGUCGCUUUUUGGAAUCGUAGUUUUUAGGAGUAGGAUUUUGUUGUUAAAAAAAGGUAAGUAUCUUGAUGAGUUAGUUAGAAUUUAACGUAGUGAGAGCUAAUUUUAAUUUUCUCUUGAGGGUUUUGUGUUGUAGCAAGAAUCAAUCCCUGUUUUUUGUAUCAUGUAUAAGUUGUUUUUUUUUGUUUUGUUGUAAAAUAAAGGCUCUUUUUUGAUGCA